AUGGAGGUUAACACUCAAACAAUACAAAAGUCAAAGUUUAGGAGAAUAUGUGUCUUCUGUGGAAGCAGCCAAGGCAACAAGAGUAGUUACCAACAUGCUGCUGUCGAUCUUGGCAACGAACUGGUUUCAAGGAACAUUGAUCUAGUCUAUGGAGGUGGAAGCAUAGGUUUAAUGGGUUUUGUUUCACAAGCUGUUCAUGAUGGUGGUCGUCAUGUUAUAGGAGUUAUUCCCAAGACACUCAUGCCUAGAGAGUUAACCGGUGAAACAGUAGGAGAAGUAAGAGCAGUUGCAGAUAUGCAUCAAAGGAAGGCAGAGAUGGCUAGACACUCUGAUGCUUUUAUUGCCUUACCAGGUGGAUAUGGAACACUUGAAGAACUGUUGGAGGUCAUAACAUGGGCUCAACUUGGGAUACAUGACAAACCGGUGGGUUUGCUUAAUGUUGAUGGAUACUACAACUCUUUGCUCUCUUUCAUUGAUAAUGCUGUUGAAGAAGGAUUCAUCAGUCCCAACGCACGCCAGAUCAUUAUCUCUGCACCUACAGCUAAGGAGCUUGUAAAGAAACUUGAGGAAUAUUCGCCUUGCCGUGAAAGUGUUGCGUCAAAGCUUUGCUGGGAGAUUGAGCGGAUUGGCUACUCUUCUGAAGACUGA